CAGAUGCUAAACUUUCGUCUCAAGAAUGCUCUGAAACAACCGAUGAAUGCGCAAGAAGUACCACGCAUCCCGCGUCGCAUCCUGCGCUGGUUGGCAAGCCUCCGUGACCCGCCGCCGCCUACGCCGCUGCCAGCUGCACCCUCGUCGAAUAAUAUCAGGCAAAGUCGCCCCGAGCGACGCAUGCGGAGCCAACCGGCAGAAGACCGAGCACGCGAUAUGGCGUUUCUGGCACUGCUCACUUCUCGCCCGAUGCAACAGGACGGUCCGACGCCGUGGGCAACCGCUGGGGUGUUUGGCCGGGGCAACUUGGCUCGCGACUUGUACGCAAGCAUGUCGGAGCCCGUACGGAAGAUUGCGGCCGAGAUCUUGCCUGAGGCGGGUGUACACAUGAUGCUGGAUGGCCAACUGGUCGUGCAUUGCCACAUCGGCGACGACGACGAUCUCGAAGCCAUUGCCAAGUGCGCGUCGCCCUUCCUCGUGCACAUCGUGGCCACCGCAUCGCCCAAGAGCGUGCUUUUCAAGGUCUCGAAUGUCAUGAGUCUCCAGCACAUGCUGUUUCUCCCGGAUGCACGCUCGCGCAUGCUGGCAGCGCAACCAAUGCUUCUGCAGACCCUCUACGUGAUCGCCAACGCGCUUCUCGACGUUCACGAGCACAGCCUCGUCCACGGCUACGUCUCGAGCCACAACGUGUUUGUGAGCCGCAUCGACGGUAUCCAGGUCGGCGUGCCUGGGACGUCGGUGACCGACGAAGCGCUGCUGGCGUGGACGGCCCCCGAGGUACUCGCCGGCGACUCGCCGCCGUCGUUUGCCUCGGACAUUUAUGCGUUUGGCAUUCUCAUGACGGAGCUCGACGCGUUCCAGCUGCCGUUUGACGACUACGAUUUCGACGACGAAGUUGCGCUCACGACCGCCGUUGUCGAUGGCGGCUUGCGCCCCGCGCUGCGCGACGACUGCGAGCAGUGGUACCGAGACCUCGUGGAUCACUGCGUAGCCGCCGACCCUGCGUGUCGCCCGACGGCAUGGGAAAUUGUCGAGCUGUUACAAGGACGCCUUGAUGAUGCGCUUGCUCGUAACAAAUCACAGAGCUAGGGAGCGACCGCUGCAGAGAGUCUCUAACAUGUAUUUUGUGCAUCAUGUC